AUGAAUGUGUCUUCCACCUCCGAUAUUGAAAUAACCUUCUGGCGCACUUGGGCCUUGACAGUCACUCAUGAGGCAUGUGAAUAUACCGAACAGAAAUUCAUUGCCGAGAAAACAGGAGGAGACCCAGUCAUACCUUCUCCUAAGCUAGACACCGAUCUGGUGAUGGCUUGUGAUCAAUUGGUGGAUUGCCUCAUAAAGGCAUAUAACAAUCCCAUUCGGAUGCAGAUUGAUAUUGCGAGAUACAGCAAAAUGAUCUCCCCGAAGGACACUGGACAUAAUGAAGAAAGAGAGGCGAGGUUGCUUGAGAGGUGUCCUCCUGGCCAUGAAGGUACAAAGUUGGUCGACAUACCCGCCACAGUUCUCGAUGCUACCGGGGCCAUCAUUGUGUGGUACCUCCCGGAUGCCCUGAUGGAAACCACCCAGAAGGAAAUUCUGGCAGCCUCCGAUUUUGCUCAGUCCGAGCCUUGCAAAAAGUGUAAAGGUUGA